AUGGCACCGUACGUUCGUGUACCUCGACAAGAAUCAUCUUCGUCCUCCAAUACUACUUCCACCGAUAGCUCUUCCUCCGAGGGCGGAGCUACUGAGGGAGUGUCUUCGUUCAUGGACGCUCAUGCCAAAGAGGUUUAUAUCGCUCUAGCUGUCGUUGCUGUGAUCAUCGUAGCAGGGUUCAUAUGGGCAGGGAUGAAACAUAAACUUUCUUUCCUCCCAUUCAAUCAGAAAUGUUGCGUGAAAUGUAAAAAGGGCAUUGCCAAGAGUGAGACUGUAGAUAAAGACUAUUACGCUAAUGAUAAAGGCAAAGGAUGGGUAUGUAAACAAUGUACCGAUAAAAGAACGGAGGGGACUGUCGACGGUAAAUCCGGUAAUAACAAGAAAGACAUAAAAUCUAAAGAAGAUAGAAAGAGGAGGUACAGUGUAGAUGAUGAUGAUCGAAAAAGAAGGAUCAGUAUGGAAUAUGAAGAUGAACUUAAAGAGGAUAGAAGAAGAUCGAGGUUACCACCUAAGAAAAAGUAUGAGAGUGAAGAUGAAGAUGAAAAAUUAUAUGAGAUUAAAGAGGAAAGAAGAAAAUCAAAAGCGCCACCUAAGAAAAGGUAUGAGAGCGAGGAUGAGACAGAGUACGAAACUGAUUCGGAAGAUGAUCACUCAGAGGAUGAGCGGGAUAGGAAAGUCACGAAAGAGAGAAGGGGCGAUCGUAAAUAA